AUGGACAUUGCAGGAUUCCCUGGCAUUGUGGGUGUAAUUGAUGGAACACAUGUGAGAAUAAUUGCGCCAUCAGAGGACGAGGCUGUCUUUGUUAACAGGAGGAAUUUCCACAGCAUCAAUGUGCAAAUAGUGUUCAAUGCAGCCCGUAAGAUUUUGGACAUUGUGGCUAAAUGGCCAGGCUCCACACAUGAUGCGAGAAUGCUCUCCGAGAGUGGCAUCAGACAGCUUUUUGAGAGACGCUAUGUGCCAGCUAAUUGCCACUUGUUAGGGGACAGUGGCUACCCAUGCAAACCAUGGCUCCUUACACCUUACCUCCAGCCACGCCAAGGGCCCCAACUAAACUAUAACAGGGCCCACAAGAUAACAAGUGCGGUGGUGGAGUGUGGCAUAGGCCAGCUUAAGAGGCGCUUUCAUGUUCUCCACGGAGAGGUGCGGCUGAGGCCUGAAAAAGUCAGCAAAGUCAUCAUAGCCUGUGCAAUAUUACACAAUAUUUGCAAGGUUAGACAGAUUGCAGAACCUCUAGAGGAUGGCGAUGAGGAUGAGGAUGAAGACAACAAUGAGGAUGGUGGGAUGCUGACAGAGCAGGUGCUGCGGAUGGGAAUGGUGCUUAAGCUGCCGGGCUAUCCUGAGUAG